CUGGCAAACUGAUAGAGAUUUUUAAUGCCAAAGGUGGUGCUGCAGGAAGAAAGAUCAGCGCCAUAAUGGCCCAGAUGAAUAAUAAUGAAGAUGUCAAUGUGAGGCGAGAUUGUGUGAUGAGCUGUCUGAGCAUCUACCUCAAUGAAGACCUGGACACACUUGUUAAAGAAUAUGUGGUAAAUGGUGGUAGAGCUGUCACUCUGAGGGAAUUAAAUCCGCUUGGUCCAGAGGAACCUGAAGAUGAAGUUGUCCGGGUUCUGGCACCCACAUGCCCCUUCUCUGCCAGAAACAACAAUCCUCGCCUAAACAAUAAGGAUGCAUGUUCUGGACUGUCUGCUUACGAACUCAAGCGCCUUGAGAACAUCGCGCAGAAGGAAGCCUUCUUGUCGUCUCUGAAGAUAUGGCAAGUAGUGGAGGAUCUGAGGCAGUCAGUGAAGCCAAAGCCCAAUGUCAAAAGGUUAACGGCUUCAUUGGAAGAAAAAUCUCUGCAGUCUCCCCGGAAAUCCCUCCGUUCUAAAACAGAAAACUUCACCCCAAGUGAAGGGUUGACCCAUAAUCAAGACAUUGAAUCCAGAGAGGCAGAGGAAGACAUGGCAGGAAAGACCAUGGGCAUCUACAAAGUACAAUCAGAGGAUCAUGGUCAAGGGGAUGGACGCUUCACUGAUGUCCGUGUUGUGCUGGAAGGUGUGGAGGUUCUCCACAACCUGCAGAGUGUCACUCAUGCAUGCGUUAUGUUAUAUGGCCUGAUCUACGCGCUCAAUUUGAACUACCCUAAAAGCCUGAAGUGUACAUUUGAGGUGUACCAAAAAAUCCUGAUGGACCUGGACUCAACCAAGCUUUCCCCGAAAGUACAGACACUGAAACUGAAAUUGCUCCAGUGAUUUGGCUAAAAAUAUUAAGUUAUACAGCCCCUACCCAUUUUUUUUCACAUUGUGCUCCAACCCAGAGAUAUGUUAAAAUGAUUUCCUAGUUCUAUAAUGAUAUGUUAAUUAGCAACUGAAAAUGGAUCUCGGAGUACAGUUUUAUUUUUUAUUUAUUUAUUUUUUUGGGUGUCCAAGCAUGUUCGAGUGUGGCUGUGUAAGUGGGUUCAUAUGGAUGGUUUCCUAAAUGUUGGCUGAUGUUAACUUGGCUCAAUCCAGAGUUUUGUA